GUGUCCCAUGCCCUCUCCUAUAUCACUGCCUCUCGAAAUGGUCUGAGUGAAGGUGAACUGGAGGAUAUGCUCUCUUUGGACGACGAAGUGCUACGAGACAUCUUCCAGCAUCAUCUGCCUCCACAAGUUAGAUCGCCACCUUUUGUUUGGGCACGACUGAGGAAUGCGAUUGGUGGAUACUUGGUGGAACGCGAGGCUGAUGGAGUCCGUGUGAUGUCUUGGUAA